AUGGCCGAUGGGACCCAAACCUGUUCGCAGGUCAUUGUCCUGGUAAUCGCCUUCAGCCUGAUCUCCGUCGUCGGUGUCUGGUACAGACGACGUCGUGAUACGAAAAGAGGAAUCCAGCUGUAUGGGUCACCUGCUUCUGGAGCUGGGCCCUUACCUUCACGGAAUCGCGAGGUAUACGUCGAGAGGGGAGAUGGAGGAGGGAUAUUAGCGCCGAAUCAACCCCAGACAUCCCAGACGUGCUUACCCCCGGACUCGGUCGCCAGCAGCUCCCGCACCAAUGUCGCUCCGCCUAGGUCGGUUAGAUCCUCCACGGGGAAUAGUCGAUUACAGAAACAAAGCCCUGCCGCCGCCGUGAACUUUCAAAAUGUGGAAACUAGACAACUCCCACCGUCAUAA